GUCCGGCUUAAAUUUUUUUGAGGCUGAGGUUAGAAUUUAUUUGUUUUAUUCUUCGAGCAAAAUGUCAUAUUUUUGUAAUACGUUUCACUAAAAAGGAGGGUCAAAAAGUAGAGGUGAUCAAAAAAAAUCUUCAACCAAUUCAGUAUAUCUGUAAAGCUUUGGUUUUAAUACGAAACAUCAUAUGAUAUUAGUGUUAUUGGUAUCCCAGACAACAAUUUUCUGUCCUCCCACUCUUUCUCUCCCUGUGUCUCUCGCUCUCUUCCCUUUCUUUUUCAUUCACACUCGCGCUUGCUAUCCUCAGUGAACUACUGUUCCCAUAGUUCCAGAGGUGUAAAGUGAGGCCAGCUACGGGUGCCCGGAUGGCUUUGACAGUCAGGCACGUUGGAGAGGCACAGCGGAGACUAGGGCGCAAGAGAGACACAGAGCUGGAAUUGCAGAGGCAGAGACGCACGGGCGCACGGUCGAUUCUCGCCUCCCGCAUACUGGGGAGUCCCGUGCCUGUCACCAAAACCGGAGGACAGCGCUCUAGUGCGGUUAUGUCAGCACCUUAAUUUGGGAGAAGACUGUUAACCAACGUCCCUGCUCCCUAUUUUUGAAAAUUUCCCCCCUUUUGUUUUUUUGCUUUCCCAUCUUUGUGGGUGCAGAUAUUGAUGUGAGCCAGAGGAGCGGUUUUUCCGUUGAGUCGCACGAGACGGUGGCGCGCGACGGCAGGAAGAGACAACGUUUACAUUGAUGUGGGAGGACUCUCUCCCUCCGAGGCGUGGAGCCCAGAUGAAGGGGAAAUGCUGCGCGCUGACGGCUGCAGCCGUCAAGGCAACGGCUCCGUGACCCGGGCGAGGAGAGGAGCGAAGCACCGCCACCGACAGCCGCGCGAGCCGCCAGCCCCGCCAGCCAGCGUUGACACCGCAACAGCUCCAGCAGCCAGCGCGAGCCCCCAGACUCUCUCUCUCUCUCCCUUGCAUGUGAGGUUGCCAUAGUCAGAUGUCCUCUUGAUAUGGAGGUCGUCAUGGAGAUUGAGAAGACAGAAUGGACACAUAUUCAUCAACCAUGGGCAAAAGACAGGAGCAGAGGGGAGAGGGAGAAGUAUGUGAGCUCUCCACUGCAGUAUUGAUGACCCAAUGAUCCCCUGCAGAACAGAGCCAGUCAGGCAGACAGAGUGAGGCUCAACUCAGAAUCAAAAUCAGAAUCAGCGCCACAACCAUUCAGUAAAAGCAACCAACUGAGUAGAAUAUGAAUGGUCCUUGAGUCUUCUUGCUAGCUGUUAGAGGAAGACAGCUACAAAGAAGAAACAUUUACAUACAGCAGAAAACAUCUUUUUCCUCCCUCACUACCAGCGAGACCAUACACUGAAUGAGUGGCUUGUCAGAUCAGCUAUUUUCAGGCCAAUCUGGGGCUCCAGUGGGCUGUGGUGGGGACCAGGCAGAGGAAAAAGGGUGCGUUGGAGGGCUGGAGGAGCUGGAACGGCCCGAGCUCUGGACCAGGGAGCUUGGGUUCCAGGCGGAGUCCCAAGAUCCCUCCAACGAUGGACUGGCACCGGUGACCUCCGACCACUUUCCCCCUUCCUCUCCUUCUGCCCUGGCCAACGGCCUCCACCUACAGAGAAGACUGGGGCACAACACCUGCCGGCGGAGGCAGACGGAGACUCACACUACAGCCGAGACACAUACAUUCGCAGAGACAUUUAGAAACAUGCAGACGCACAUAGACCCAGAUGUGCAUGCGCAGGCUGUUUCACACGCACACAUGGAUAAUUGUGGACACAUGGAUAUCAAUGCACAUACGGGUUCUGUUGGGCCAGAACACUCCAGAACUCUCACGCCAGAGGCCAUACACACAACCUCACCUCAACCCCUGUCUUUGGCACUCGGGAAUCAUCCUUCCUCCACCAAUCAGCUCGCAGCCCCUAUCCUCACACCAGAGACAGACAUGCCCUCAACCUUUUGUCCAGUUCCUAUUGGUCCAAACACAAACCCAGGCUCCUCUCCUCUUCCUGUGGAGGCUGAGAAGAAGUAUGCACUCCGCAGCUCUGGACGUCCCCGCUUCCCCUGUCACCUGCGCAAAUCCUCACGCCUCCGCCGAAGCAUAGAGGAUGGGGAGAAGAGAGCAGUGAGGGAGAGGGGAGGAGAGGAGGUGGAUGAAGUAAUAGAGGAGAAGAUCUGGAGGGUUAAAGAAGAGGAAGUGGCGGUUGGCGAGAAGGAAGAUCAUAAGCCUGUUGAAGCUGUUCUCCCCACGGCUCCCUGCCCUACAGACGUCGCUCUUGCUCUAACUGUACCCAAACCUGUCCCUAAAGCUACACCUAAACCUGGGCCCAGACUUGGGCAUAAACCUGGACCUAAAUCCAGGUCUAGGCCCGCGCCAAAAUCUGUCCAAAAAGCAGCUCCUAAAAGUGUCAUGAAACAGCGUCAGGCAGCGCAGUCCAUUCAUCAUCGUGUUACCCCUCAUCACGCAUUUGUGAACACGUCCACCAUCCCUGCAUCUCUGCUGAAUGUGAAGGAGGAACCUGUUGCAGAGUCAGGGGUAUCUGCUCCCAAUAACCGGAAAUGUGGACGUUAUGUUGGUGUGAGGAAGAUUGUUGUCAAGGUGGCUCGCAUUCCUGUCAGUCUUAGUCGCCGACAGAAGAGCUACAAGAUUUCCAAUUUGGAGACAGUUACAGGCACAGAGAAAGGCAAUGAUGGCGGACUGGAGGGCUCGGAGGCAGUUCGAGAGCCGACCGCACUUCUCCGCAUGAAGAACAAUGGGAAGAGUGUUAUGGUGAUGUUCCCUCCUGGAGAGCUGCCUGUUAUUCUCAAACGCAGGCGGGGACGGCCACCUAAACAGCCUCUGCCAGGAAUACCCGGAGAGCCUCCGAAUCCCAGCAGUGCCAGUGGUAAUGGAGACCAGCCCAAAAAGCCCCGGAGGCGUCGUCGGACUAAACUCCCUUCUCCUUAUCCAUCUUAUGUUAAUGAUACUAAUGAUGUGAAAACAGAGUAUGGGGACGUUCUGUCUAAACUGGCUUUUUUAAACCGUCAGCCCCCUGCCACUGGCCGCUGCUCUCCCCCUCGAUGCUGGACCCCCAGUGAGCCAGAAAGCUUUCAUGCCCCCUUGGAAAACCCUGGAAUAUCCACCCUACUCCAUCGGCUAACUGGGUUUAGACGCCCACGCGGUGGCAGAGGAGGGGGCCUUGGAAGAGGUGGAGGAGCAGCAGGGGGGAUUGGGGGCAGUGAGCGCAAUAAGAGCACCUUCAGUGACUUCUUUGAAUCCAUCGGCAAGAAGCGGAAACUGAGCCCUCUGUCUGACCAUGGAUUACCUAGGAAAAGGGGAAAGGGGGUGGGUGGAGGCGGGGUUGGACGGGGAGGGGGUAUCGUAGGAACUGAGCCUGGGGGAGAGAAAAUAGUCAGGAAAAGACGUAUGAGAAAAAAUGGUGCAUUUAAAGGAGAAGGAGUUUCCAUGGGGCAAGACUGGCCCAAUGGGGCAGGUGGUUGGGGAGAGGAGGGGGGUAUUGAAAAGGAGAAAGGUCUGGCUGGGUUUCAGCUCUGUGGAUCUCCAAGAGGGGGCUUUUCUUCCUGUGAGGUUGGAAGGGGGGGUGCCUACAGCAGUCUAGGAGGAAGCAGAGGGGUUGGGCCAGUUGGGGAAGACUCACAAGGCCUGUUUGCUGGAUAUUUCCGGUCACUGCUCGACUCCGAUGAUUCAUCAGACCUGUUGGACAUGUCCUCCUCUCAGUCAGAUCCCCGCAAAGCUUCAUCCACCCCUGGUUAUGAGCCAUCCAGCCCAGCUGCCGGGCACAGCUGGUCCCCUGCAUUCUCCAAGUGGUGCUCCAAGGGUGCAAGUUCUGUAGUAGAGGGUUCAGCCCAAACACAUUGCUCCUCGGCCAGGCCACCGUACAGCUAUGGCAGCCUGGCCCAAACAUCGCCCACCACCUCUACCUAUCUCAAGUCCACUCCUCCAUCUCUCUCACACUCUCCCAGCUCCCCCCAUCCUGCCUCUUAUGGCCACUACUCCUCUGGCUACUCCUCCUCUUCUCCUGCAGUGUCACAGAGAUCCUCAGACUGCAGCUUUGCAUACGGGUCUGGACACAGCAGUGGAAAGGCCACCCCUGUUGGCCAGAUUGGUUACUCUAGCUACCAGGCAGCAGCCAAGCGGGGCUUUUGUGGAUACCCUGCAGCAGGUCAUUCCUCCAUGCGGGGGGAGUCAACAGGACCCACAUCACCUGGAGGAGGGUACAUGGCUGUGGCCAAAGGCAGCCAGUUCAGCUCCUCCUCCCCAGAAGGAUACAAACAGUACAACUCCAAUCAGUGGAGCUUCAGACAAGGUUAUGGCGGCUGGUCAACGGACAGCUUUGGGACUCAGUAUCAUGGCUACAGUGAAUAUGGCUCCAACGAGUCCAAAGACAUCUUGGAUAUCUCGAAUUACACCCCCCAGAAAGCCAAGCGACAACCUUUUCCUGAAAGUUUAUCAGAAUCCUCUUCUGACUCUUCACAUCUUGGCUCUGUAGCCACUGGCAGUGGACCGAGCUCCGCAGGUGGCACAUAUAAGCUGAACGAGGCUGCUUCUGUUAGUGCAGAGGGGGGUCAGUCAAGUCUGUCCAGCCUGGAGAAAUUGAUGAUGGAUUGGCAUGAGAGUGCUUCGGGACCCUCCUAUAACUGGAGCCAGAGCGUCCUCUUCCAGGGCGGGGGGACCAGCAAACCUGGCCGCGGUCGCAGGAAACGGACUGAAGCACAAUCAGAAAAAGAGGGGGGUUCUGCGUUACACUCUGAUUCCCCAUCCAGUCCCUCACCAACGCCCACUCCAGGACCUAAACGGGGAGGGGUUGGUGGACGGGGCAGAGGGUCUAGAGGAGGCAGAGGGGGGUUAUCUCCUUGUCAGAGAGAGCGGCCAUCAGGAGCUAAAGGCAGGGGCAAGGCUGUCUCUACAUCAGGAGCAGGAGUAGUAGUGUCUGCUGGAGGUCCAGAGGGGUCUGGGCUGUUCCAGGAGGUGCUGGACUAUUACAGCGGAGACAGUAGUAGCCUCUCUCCCCUGGCCACUCCCAAUCCUGCACCACCCUCCAGCUACCUCCAGGACCCCUGUGAGUACCCCUCCCCUUAUUCUGCCCACCCUUCUACACCUUCCUCUGAAGAGCGAUAUCCAGCCUUAUACCCUGGAGAGUCCUCCUCUUCCCUCUCACCCAGUGUCUCAUCUCCCCCUUACCCUCCCAAGCCCACCCCUCCUCCGCCCCAGUCCUAUCACCCAGUCCCAUCCAGGACCUUCUCCCCUUCCUGCUCUCCCUCACCACGAGUAACACCCCACUGCGGCACUGCACUGAGUCCCUCACAUCGCCCGCCUCCAAAAGACCCCCAGUUCUCGCAGUAUGACUCCCCCAGCUACUGCAGCUCCCCCUACUGGUACGGACAGACAUCGCACAGCGGCAGCCCCAGCCCACACUCACACAGCACACACUCAAAUACAGCCGUGCACACACACAGCAACCCGCACACAAGUCCUCAUGGAAACGCACAUGGCAAUCCACUCGCUAGCCCAAACGCAAACACACACUCACACACACAUAUAACCCCGACUCCCCACGACACACACCAUCACAACACACAGCCUCACGCAAACCUGAGCUCACACACCAACACCCAUCCCACCUCACAUCUCCAAAGCAACCCCCUCACCCACUCAAACCCUCACACCAACAAUCAGCCCCUCCACAAUGCACACACCAACCCCAACACUCAUCUCCCCUCCCACACACACUCCAACCCCAGCCCCAGCCUCCUCUCCCACUCAACGCCUGUGCUUUACGAGGAGCGCAGCCCUCCCUCCACCAUGACUGCCCACAAGCGGGAUCUGACCCCCCACGCCAUGAGCACAGGCCUUUGCCAGGGUCCCCUGCCUCACUCCCCAUUCCCCAAACCUCCCCUCGACUCCUCGCCCCAUCAGGAGGACACUAGCGGCUUCUCCCUGUCCCACCAAUCCUACCAGGGCAUGGGACACCGCUACCCCUCCCAGGUGGCUCAGGGAGGUGGGGUGCUGUGCCAGCUCCUGGACCCAGCCAAUGAUGACAGCUUCAGCGUCACCAGCCUGUAACAGCAGGUGCAUUCAAUCCAAGCUUUUACAGAUUUGCAAACAUUUUUUUUGUUAAGGAGACUUCUUUGUGAGAGACUGUGAAAUGAAGGGUGAGAAUUUAGCUGCCAGCUUUGGACAGUAAAGCUUUAAUUCUCCAGCACUGACAAUCAAAAUCAACCGCAACUUAAACACCCGAGCAUGUACACACACACACACACACACACACACACACACACACACACACACACACACACGCAUGUGCAGAUGAAUUCACUACCUAAACCUGAACACAUAAAAUCAUACGUGUACACACUCACUCACACUCUACGCUGGAACGAGGGACUGGCAAAGAGGAGCUGACAGAUGAAUACCAGACGCUGGCGGACAGAGACAAAUCUAUUUCCUCAUUCUGUUGAGUCCUGCUGUGACACAUAGAGGACUCUGUUUCCCAGAAGUCUGUAUCUCACCAAAUCUUUCUGGUGUUGUUCUGUACAUCUGCAAUAUGGACAAACUAGGAUCACAAUGCUCUAUCUCUCUUUCUGUUUCUUUUCUCUGUCCUCUCUCAACUCCCCUUCUUUGCUAAACCAGCAACCGUGUUCUGCACUCGACUCGCCAACACUGCAUUUCUGUCUUGUGCUCUAACCUGAACCGCAUCUGAGCCCAAAUCAACUUUUUAAAUACCAUGAGCCUUGCAAAUGUCCCGCUCUGUGCACUCCUUGUGUCGUGUCCCAUAAGAGAAAAGUGGACUAAACCAGUUUCUGCUCUUGAAAUACCAGCAUCUGUACAUAUGACUCCAGCUCCAAGCCAGGGGGCCCCCUCUUCACUCUGAAGGUCCGUCAUCAACAUGCCCUCCUCAGCGUUCUGCCAUGGUUUCUCUGCUCUGGGGGGGUAGGUGGGUGGGUGUGGGGGGGAUUGCAGCAUGGAGACUCAACAUCCUGUGUUUUGCUGUUUUAACUACAAGGGAAAGAGACAUUGAAAUCACACAAUGGCCCCAAAGAGACUCUUGUUUUCUGUGUGCAAAUGUGAGACAGAGGAGGUUGUGUUUGCGUGAUGCAUGUAUUUGUGUGUAUGUGUGCCUAUAUGUGCGUGUGUGUGAGUAUGCGUGCGUGCCUAUGGGGUCAAAAGGAGUGAAGCUCCCCAGACACCAAAGUCUUGGCGGGGCCUCAUUCUUUCUUUCACUCUCUCCCUUCUUUUUUCUGUGGUCUUGUGUUGUUUGGUGGUUUUUGUGAUGAAAAAAAUUGUAUAUCUGUCUGUUACAUAUCAUGUAUGUAUCUGAGGUGCAAAAUAUUUAAAUACACAUUCUGUUCUUGC